GUGAAGUUCAGCGCAGAAGCAGGAAGAGAAACAGCAGCGGACGAGCAGCUCUGAACAAACACCAGCGGAAUCGACGCUUCACGCGCGCGGCGUGUUUACUGUCACACAGGUUUGAACGGCAUGAGGAAGAGUAAAUGAUGACAGAAUGAACUUUUAACCGCUGACUGUUCACAGCUAUACUCAGAUCUGGUCUUCUCAGGAAGCAUGUGAUGACCCACGCUCGGAAAAAAGGUUCCCUAGGCCAGUAUCGUGGUGAGGGGCGGGACCAUGUAGAGGGCUGGUCACAUGGUGAAACUGUGGGCGGAGCCUGGCCUGCACAAGAGGGCAAGGCAAGGAAAGACAUGGCGAAGAAAGUCAAGACCAGGAAUACAGAGCACAUGGAGACCAGUGUUCAGUCUGACAGAAAGAGUCAAAAACGUUCAAUGAGAACGGAUGAAACCAAGAGAGGAAAGCCCAAGAGGGUUACGAGGAAGCUCUACCCGUUACGAGGAAGGGCCGUCGCUUCAGACAGCGAGGCCUUGAGCUGUCAUGUUCUGCUCACUCGUCUGGAUGACCAGGAGGAAGAGAGCAAGGUGUGUGAGGUGGAUCCCAACAAGGAAACACCAAAAUCCCAGAAGAAAAGCAGGAAGUCAUUGCAGGAACGCACCCAAACAGAUAAACCUCCAGCUCAGGAGCCGCGUAAACGUAGACUAGCCUCUCUCAACGCCGAGGCGGUCAACAGCCUGCUGCUUGAGAAAGCCGACGGACCGUCGGGUGCCAAACUUGCGAAGAAACAAGGCGAUGGCACCUCCACUACAGUACAAACAAAGACCUGCUCCAACCCGAAGAAAAGAGCCUCAAAGUCAGAGACGUGCCAAAACCCCAAGCAGGUGAAGACCGACAAGUCGGAGGACGCUGGAACGAGUUUGUACACUCCCGCUCCCAGACGCUUGGCCGGACUCAACGCCGCCGCGCUGCUCAAGCUCACCAGCUCCACUACAGCAAACAAGCAGAGGAUUAAAUCGGACAGUAAGAGUGUUUGUGCGUCUGGGAAGCAAGCGGUCCGCUGCAAACCCAAAGCGCAGACGUCCAAGAAGCACAGCCGCAAGCCGGAAGGUGCUUGUGAAGUGUGCAAAAGCCGGAGCUUCGAGUCUUCUCCGGAGAGCCGCCAGGUGUCUAAAUCCCGCUACCAGUCACGGAGCAUUCUGGGAUAUCCCAUGAAGAUAGUGAAGGAGGAGCAGGUGGAAUCGGAGCUGAGUCCAUACUGCUGCUGUCCGCCGGAGGGUUCGGUGGAGUAUUGCCACCGGUUGGCGCUCUUCCUCGGGCAGGAGGCAUACGGCGAGGCGGAGGAGACGCCGGUCAAGCAUGAGUGCCUGGUUCCGGCGCAUCCGGCCCUGACACUCAGCGCCCAUCCGUGCCUAUGUGCAGAUCCGUGCUACUCUGGUUACUACGUCCACAUCGCUCAUGCCGGACCGCCGGCGGCAAGUCUGAGCGCUCAGGCGCUGCCCUGCACACACAGUCCCUUCUGUCCGCGCGGACUCUCCGGAUCCAAGCUGCUGACCUCCUCAGGUAUCCCACAUCCCGCCUUCUGCGGGUCGGUCGGGUCGGGCUGCUACCGCCAGACCUGUGGAGUCGGCAGAUACGCCUUCAGCGCUGUGCAGCCGGUUGCUAGUAGGACGUGCUCCUUCCCCACCAGCUGCUCCAACUGCAGCCAUCCAAUCAAAACAGAAGGCUUCUCCUCAUCUCAAGAUGAGCACAGUCGUGCGCACCUCGUUCCUCCGGCCCUGCCGCUCUCCGGAUGUCCCAGCAUACCCCGAGUGAACCCGUCCUCCCCGCGUCUUCUGUCCUCGAUGUCUGACCAAAGGCAGGCAGAAGUCAGGCUGAAGGUGGGCAAAGAAUGCCCUCAAAACACCAAGCCAUCCAACAGCUCACUCACUAUGGGCCACACCAGGUUAUCCAAACAACCCACAGCUACUCCAGCAAGUGCCAAACACCAGAGGAAAGUCAGCCGGCGCCAGGCCACGAACGGAUGGCGUCCUGUCGGCGUCCCGACGGAGAAGGAGGUGUUUAUUGCGGGCGAUGACGAGACGGUUCUCCGUCAGUGUUAUGAAGGAGUGGAGCGUGACGGAGAAGUGAUCAGGGUACGAGACACGGUGCUCCUACGAUCUGGACCGCGGAAGAAAUCCCUGCCGUACGUGGCCAAGAUCUCUGCUCUGUGGGAAGAUCCUAGAACAGGAGAGCUGAUGAUGAGCCUAUUUUGGUACUAUCGACCCGAGCACACGCAAGGAGGCAGAGAUCCCAGCAUGCACUGUGAGAACGAGAUCUUCGCCUCUCGACAUCAGGAUGAAAACAGUGUGGCCUGCAUUGAGGACCGAUGCUAUGUCCUGCCGUUAGCGCAGUACUGUAGAUUUUGUGCCUUGGUCAAGCGGCGCUCGGAGGGCAUGUCCGAAAGCACCCCGGUGGUGCCCGGCUCCUCUGACAGCGCCGUCCCGCCCCACCGCCUCGUGCCCGAUGGUGUCAACCCAGAGCUGGUGUACCUGUGCCGCCACGUCUACGACUUCCGCUACGGACGCAUCCUAAAGAACCCGCAGUAAAACUGUAAGUCUGUUCGGUGCAGCGGAAGCAGUUCCCACCGAUGACAGCGUCCGUUCAGCGCUGAUGGAGGUUGAGCACAUGACCAACAGGACACGACUGAGAAACGAGCCGGUUGACCUGUCCACGUCGCUGGUCUUGAUGUCCAGUUGAGACUACGAUAGAUUAAUUGCCUUCUUCAGAACCUCACUUUGUAUAUCAGCUCGCUAAAGGUGUGUUCUAUUCUUUGUCUUUUACACUGGACUGUCACACUGCUGAGGGCUGAUGGGAGAAUCUCUGAAGGGUCCAGAACGAUGACGGUUUUAUAACAUAUCUCCUUUAGUUAAGUGUGGCGUCAAGACCAGACUGAGACUAGACCCUCUGAGGCCCAGACCCAGACCAAGAGACCCAGACUAAAGGUCCGUUCACACCAGCGAUGAUAUGACGAUAACUAAUGCUAUACUCUAUGAGAAUAGGGAAGUCCACUGCUUCACAAAGCACACAGUGUCAUUAUUUCUGUCUUAGAACAAUUCAUAUUAUCACAGAAGUACUGGGAUAAAAGUUUAUAGUUCGGAUAUAAACACUGAUGUCUACAGUAGAGAUCAAAAUAGAGUAAAUCAACUUUUGAAAGUAACUUGACGCUUCAAAUAAUGAUUAUCAAUUACAUCUUUACACCAGUAGGUGGCAACAAGUGACUGUUAAAAAAUGUAUUUGUCAUUGAAUCAUUCACUUAAGAGAUUUGUCCAAAAACGCUGAUUCAUCCAGUAAUGAAACAAGUGAAGUCUUUAUGAGUGAGUCAUUGAAUCAUUCAUUCAAGAGAUUCAUUCAAAAACGCUGAUUCAUCCAGUAAUGAAGCAAGUGAAGUCUUUAUGAGUGAGUCAUUGAAUCAUUCAUUCAAGAGAUUCAUUAAAAAAUGCUUAUUCAUCAAGUAAUGAAACAAGUGAAGUCUUUGAGUGAUUCAUUGAAUCAUUCAUUCAAGAGAUUUGUUCAAAAACGCUGAUUCAUCCAGUAAUGAAGCAAGUGAAGUCUUUAUAAAUGAUUCAUUGAAUCAUUCAUUCAGGAGAUUCAUUCAAAAAUGCUGAUUCAUCCAGUAAUGAAACAAGUGAAGUCUUUAUGAGUGAGUCAUUGAAUCAUUCAUUCAAGAGAUUUGUUCAAAAAGCUGAUUCAUCCAAUAACGAAUCAAGUCUUUAUGAGAGAGUCAUUGAAUCAUUCACUCAACCCGAUUUAAAAAAUCUCUACUUCGAAAUAGGGCUGUCACGAUAUCAGAUUUUUCACACCACAGUUAUCGUGGCCAAAAGAAUUCACGAUAUCGAUAUAUCGCAAUAUCUAUAGAAACCUUUAAGACAGUGAAUCACACCAUUGCAUACAACAAGGGUAAGGGUAAUCAGAUACUGAUAAACAACUGAUAAACAAACAACUGAUAAACACAAGGCACAAUAAUUUUUACUUUUUGCAUUCUCUGUCUUUAGCAAAUUUUUAUAAAGGAAGACAAGUAUUUAGUUUAUCUGAUUUCAAGCUGGAGUAAAAAACACUGCCUGAAUGUAUCCCAAAGAACUGAAAAGAUUUUCUGGUGCACAUUUUAAAGACCAUGCUAUGUGAUUUUAUCUAGAGGCAGAAAUUAUAUUAGGCUAUUUUAUAGUAUUAUAUACAGUGAUAAAGGCUAUGUAGAUCAGCAUAGCAUUAUAAAUAUACAUUAUCCUUACGAAAAUAACCAAGAUGGCUUGAACACAGACAAACUAUAUACUGUCAAAAUGGUGUGUUAAUUCUGUUCAUGUUAAAUCAUUCAAAACAUAUCUAUCUGCAUUUUAAAUGUACAUUUCAUACAGAUUACAUAAUCAGAGAGAAUAGCCUAUUUCUUUUAAAAUGUUUUGUUUAAAAGUAGACAUUUCAAGCUUUCUAUAGAUAUAUUUCUCAUGUCUGCGAGGCAAGUAGCCUAUACGCUGAGAUUCGGUUCAUUUAUGAGAUGGGCUCCAGUUCACGUGCAAGUGAUCGCGCCGGCGCCUCCAUUUUAUUGUCUGCUAUAUUUGCUUCUUAUGUAUUAAAACCAGGUAAUUGGUUGAUAAAACAUUGAUUAAAAUUAAGAUACAAAUUAUACAAAACGAAAAUCACUUUAACGAAAGCCUUUCUACAAAACAAAACUUAAUGAAGUGGUCAAAAUCAUGUCUGACCCACUCCAUGUCUCCCGAUAUAUUGCGCAUCUUAUGAUGUAGCUAUCCUAUCUUUCUCGUGCUGUUCACUUUUCAUAAUCAACAUAGAUUAAAUAAAAAAAACAUUAUAAUAUUUAAAGAUAAACAUGAAACUAAAAAUGUUUUUGCUCGCAUGCUCUGCUGUGUAGAGAAUCUCCUCUGUCUUAUCAGAAGACAUGAUUUUGCACGGCAAUAACAGCUGCGCGCUCCAUCUUCUUCUGUUUUAUGUCAGAUGGCAGCGUUAAGGUGAAAUACUGCCACCUAUUGUACUGGAUUAUUUACGUGUCAUAUUAAAAUGUGUAUUAUUCAUUUUAAAUAUUUCGGUUAUCACGAUUUAUUGUCACACCCUUAAUUAACACGAUAUCGAUUUUUCAUGUUUUGAAUAUCACGUCAAUACCGGGAUAUCGCUACACCCCUACUUCGAAAUUUCCGGUUUGAUUCAGUGUGUUACUUGGUGUUUCUUUUAUUUUUUGAAGUUUACUAGUAAUUUCUGAGUGUAAAUUGUUUAAAUCCUACUCCAAAUGUUUUUGAGUGUAUAUAGUUAUCGUUAUAGUCUUCGUUCUUGGUGUGAAUGGACCGUUUCAGAUUUCUGAGCAGAUUUCUGAUGCUCAGCUGAUUUAUUUCUGUGGAGUUUGAAUUCAUUCUGCUCAGAUUGAGUGAUUGGCUUUGUGAAGUUUACGCUCUUAUUUUCGCCUUGAAGCUUUUGUAGACGGUGAAUUUAGCCUCUUUCUCUGAAGACCGACUCCUCUGACCAAACGAACCAAAGGACGGCGCGGUGAGAAUUACAACACGUUCAUCGUUACCCAACGAAUCAAUUACUUAUCAGUGAAUCGGAACAAAUGAAGUUUCAUGUGAUUUGUAAGGAGAUCUAUGUUUUGUAUCUAUGAAAUUCAGAUCCUCUAGAAUGCACAAAUAUAUUUUAAUAUUUAUUUGACAAACCGACGGCCCCGUUUGCUCUCGCUUCUAGUGUCCCCUAGAGAAAUUGCACUAUUACAUUCCCUGAUCAUUUUUGUUGUUUUUUGGCUUUGCUACUAAUUUUAAGAUGCUUGAUAAUUAAUUGGAUCAAACCAGCUUCAAGUUUAUUUUGUAAAUGAAGCCGAUGAUUAAAUAUUAAACAAACUCAGAGACAUUCCCAACAGCGACACAUGCAAAUUUUAGCAGUUUAAGAGCACCUAUUCUGCAUUUCAUCCACGUUCAUCUGUCUUCAGUGUGUAAUGUUGCUGUUUGAGCAUGAAAAAGCUUAUUAUUAUUCUCUAUAUCAGUGUCAGUGUUUCUGAAACGCCUCCAUCUUGAGUUUUCUUCACAAUAUUCCUCAUUUAAAUAAUUCAUGCGCAGAAUAAAGGGGCGGGGCCUGGUUGAGUUAGUUAGUAGUGUGUUGAAACUGGCGGUUAUGGUAAGGGGCGGGACAUUUCCCAAACACCAAUCACAACACACUGCUCCAGCCGACCAAUCAGAGCACACUGGCAGAUGACGGAUGAGUUUGAUUGGACGCACUAUCUUUGACAUCUAAAGAUGUGUGUUGGAGUUUCUCCUCCCUUUUUAAAGUUAAUAAGUCUUUAUUUUGUUGUUCUAGACAUCAUAACAUGGUUAGUUUAUUAUUAUUUGUUUUAUGUUGUUUUUCAUGAGUAAACAGACAGCAGUUGAGAACCGAGCACCUUAACAUAUAUAUAUAUAUAUAUAUAUAUAUGGACGUUCUCUGACAUUGAAUUAAUCUAGUAGAUAAACACAGUUUACUCUGAAUUUGAGCGUCAGCAUGAAUUAUGGCCCAGUGUAGAAAUGUUUGAUUUUCAUAAUUUGUUUGUCCAUGCCGGACGAGAUGAUGGUCACACUAGUUGAGUUGUUUCAGGGUUUGUUGAUGAAGGUGAGAGCGUCGCUUCAUGUCAUUUUUAUGAUGUUUAACGUGUAAAAUAACCAGAUCAUCCUGUCCACUGAUCACAGAGGAAACGUUUCUGAAAAAUAAUUAAGAUUCGAGUUUAAAUAGUCAUUUUUUACAUUUGGGAAAAGCAUCAACUUUCUUCUAAACAAAAAGGAGAUAUUUUAUUAAGUCUGUUUCUAAAGCUGGAAUAUGCAAUAUAUUUUUAGGACUAUUUUUGAGGUAAAAUAAAAAUUCUAUUUAAAUUCCUGUCCUUUUAUCUGAUUUAUGAUAUUUUUCUGAUCUGGACUCUAAAGCAUUGAAGUGAAAUGGUUAAACUCGAGCGUUUGAGCGCAGUCACUGAGGACAUGUACAGAUCUGAACGAACGAGUGCGUUUAUGAUGCUUUUGACACUUGUAAUUGUAUUUAAAGAAAUUAUUUAAAAUGGAGUAUAAAAGCAUAUAUCUAUAUUUCAAGUCCUCUUAGUUUAUCAAUGUUUUGAAGUGCUGUUGCAAUAUUGUGCUCAAUAAGUGCAGUAGUUUUAUAUUAUUAUUUGUGUGUGUGUGUGUGUGUGUGACUGUGUGUGUGUGAGUGUGUGUGUGUGUGUUAAAUUAUGAGUAUCAUCAGAUCAUGAAGUCUUAAUGAACUCUACAUUAUAAAGUGGUUGAUGUCGGCGGUUCGGACUGAACUCUGCUGUGAUGUUUGUGUGAGAUCAUGUCAUGUGAUUUAAAGGAAAGUAACAUUUAAAUUCCCUACAGUUAAAUCUGUGUAAAACAUUACAGUAGAUCCUUCAUUACACUGGUUCAUUAUUUCACUGCAUUUCAUUUCUAAUCUGUGUUUUGUUUCUUUUUUUUGAAGUUUAUGAUUUUUUUGUUGUUUUCAGCAGAAUCUGUGAUGUUUUAUUUUAUUAAUCAGCAGAUUUGAGUCUAUUAGCUCAUACUGACCAAUCAAAAAUUGCCCCUGUUCUGUUCUUUGUGUCUUUUGUCGGAUUGGAGAGAUUAAAAGAGAAGGAAUAUGUGAAUAUUUGUUAUCUGACGUGUUUCUUUCAUCCCUCUUUUUAAUUUGUCUUUAUUUUCGAUGGAUCCCUGCUGAUUAUUGUACAAUGAAAGAGUAUUUAUAAAAUAUAAACUGAAGUCUUUUGUGAAAAA